AUGACAUUGAACAGAGUGGCUCGAUUGCUGGAGCCCUUGAAGGGGGUCCUCGCGAACAAGAGCUCAUACAGAAAGAUCCCAAAAGUCCACCAAUCCACAGCGCUUCCAUGGCCUUCACCCUUGAUAAUCUCUGGGGCCAGGUACUCGUGGGUUCCGACAAACGACAUGGAGCGGGCUUCGGUGGGCUCGGCAAUGAGCUCUGGCAAUGGGCUGACCUGGUUCACUACCUCGGGUUUUGGUUUCCGGUCCUUCUUGGGUUUGGAGGAGAAGAAGCGAGGAGAGAAGCAACUUGUGGGGACGGCACAGGACGGUUGGAUGCAGGCUGGUUCGAUGCAAGCAGGCGUGGCACAGUAAGUAGAGGAGUUCUUGUGAGAGGGAUCAGAUUCGGAAAUAGUGGACUUGAUGAGGGUUGGGCAGACGGCACAACGAAGGGAGAGGUCAAAGUCAGAGAGCAUGAUGUGCCCGUCAUCUCGGACGAGGACGUUUUCGGGCUUGAGGUCGCGGUAAAUGAUGCCCAGCAUGUGAAGGUACUCCAGAGCUAGAAGAACCUCUGCAACGUAGAACCUGCAAUGGAGAAAAAAGGGGUGGGAGAUCCCACAGCAUCUGUCAGGAGUCAUUGCUGAUGGAGCAGAGAUCAUGGCAAUGCCUUCAAAAAUCCUAACAAACAGGAAGAUUCAUGGUUCCUGGAGAAAGGUCUGUUUUGAUGAUUAGAGAGGCUAAUUUGAUCAAUUCUCAGAGGCAUUUAUACAAACAAUGGUAUUUUUUUCCCAACAAAUGACUAUGAUUAUAAAAUACCAAAUACGAUUCUCAGAGGCUUUUUUUUUUAUCUUUCACUUAUCUGUUAUUGAUGUAAAGAUAAAGCCAGUGUUGCCCAAUCAGGCAUUUUCCUCAAUAAUCCUUCCACGCAAUCUUCUUCUUCUUCUUCUAUUUCACUAUAGUCUUCAGCAGACAAAAAGGCCCAGCCCAAUUGCUAAGGACCUGGCAGGCCAGCACCUGGUUGAGCUCAAAACAAACUGAUAAUGAGAAGAGUAGCUACAUUGAUGUGAUCAAUAGGGUUUUAGUUCCUACUUUCAGAGUCGGAUAAACAAUAGAUAUGGGGCAUGUGCAGGCCUAGAACAGUAACUAACCCUCAUACUAUUUUAAGGUUAUUGAGACAUCCAACCCAGAACUAAUUGCUGAUGAGUAGAGUAGGUGCAUCUAUUGAUCGAAGGGAAGAAUAUUAUCUAUUUUUGCUAAUUUGAGACUAUACUAAAGCUAAAUAGAAUUCCUAUUUCAACUAGGGACCCAUUUCUGUUUUCCCAAGGUUUAUUUUCAUAAUUUCGUUUAAAUGAUUCCCUUUUAUGAUGCAUUAAUGCUUUAGUGAUGGAGAGAUAAAUAUUGAUUCAGAGAACUCACAACAAACACAGACGUGUAAUGUCACGGAUAAGCUCCAAUUAUUUCAUUAACACUUUCUUUUACGUAAUUAUCAUUUUAGCAUCCAUCUAUCAUCGAUAAUCUAGCAAUACAUAGAUUAUAUUACAACGUAGAGAAACUCACAAUAAAUGGCAAUAUAAAGCAUCUAGGACAAAUUCCAUUUCUCACACAUGCUGAUUGUGUCAAGAAUAAGACGCAGAUAUGA